GUUUUAAACGGCAGAGCCCCGCAGCCAAUCAGGCCGCUCUCGUAGGCAGCCAACGCGAGGCUGAGCCGCGCCGCGCCGAGCCCCGCGUCGUGCCCUGCGCUCCAGCUCCUGUCCACACUACCGCGAACAAUACAGAGUCAAGAUGGCUAAAGGCGAUCCGAAGAAGCCCAAGGGCAAGAUGUCUGCCUAUGCCUUCUUUGUGCAGACGUGCCGUGAGGAACAUAAGAAAAAGAACCCAGAGGUUCCAGUCAACUUUGCAGAGUUUUCCAAGAAGUGCUCGGAGAGGUGGAAGACCAUGUCAAGCAAGGAGAAGGCUAAAUUUGAUGAAAUGGCAAAGGCUGAUAAGGUACGAUAUGAUAGAGAAAUGAAGGACUAUGGACCAGCUAAGGGCGGCAAGAAGAAGAAGGACCCCAAUGCCCCAAAACGACCACCGUCUGGCUUCUUCCUCUUCUGUUCAGAGUUCCGCCCCAAGAUCAAGUCCACAAACCCUGGCAUAUCCAUCGGGGAUGUAGCAAAGAAACUGGGCGAAAUGUGGAACAACCUCAGUGAUGGUGAAAAGCAGCCUUAUAAUAAUAAGGCAGCUAAACUGAAGGAGAAGUACGAGAAGGAUGUUGCAGACUACAAGUCUAAAGGAAAGUUUGAUGGCGCAAAGGGAGCAGCAACCAAAGCUGCUCGGAAAAAGGUAGAGGAAGAAGACGAAGAGGAGGAGGAGGAUGAAGAAGAGGAGGAUGAAGAUGAUGAUGAUGAAUAAAACUGUACAAUACUUGUCUCCAUGUGAAUACCAUAGAGUAGGGGAAACACCAUAAAUGAAGCACCUCUUAUUUGAGAUGGUGUCUCUUGCCCUUAUUAGGCUUAAUUAAAAAAAAAUUUGGAUUCCGAUCGCGUUGUAGUUUCUAAAAGUGCUCUAGAAAUUGUAACUGGUUUACAUGAAGUGGCCAUGGGUGUAGUGAGCACCCUGAAACUGUAUCAAAGUUGUACAUAUUUCCAAACAUUUUUAAAAUGAAAAGGCGCUCUAGUGUUCUCCUAACUCUGUGCACUUUGCUGUUGGUGUAACAAAGCAUUUAAAAAUGUUUCAAGCAUUUUUUUAAUUUGUAAGGUGGUGUUACUAUAUGGUUAUUGGCUAGAAAAUCCUGGGUUAUAAACUGUACAUAUCUAUAGUUUGUAAAAACUAGACAGAUUCUUGUGGUACAUGCUUAGAGUUAUGAUGCCUUAGAGGAGCAGUGAUUACUUGGAAAGGCUGUACGUUCCCCGGGGUGCCAUGGCCCAAAGCAUGCACUGUGAGGGUAGAUCUAUUUACACUACAGUGGGCGUCCAUUUAGCUUAAAGUUGUCUUUCUGUAUAUAGUGAAAUAGCAUUCUGCUGCCAUUCUUAGUUGUGGAAGGGGGUUCAGCUGGCAUGAGAAGUGUAUGGAUUUUUUUAGUUAAGUGCGGUAGUUUUUAAACUGAAAACUGUAGACAUCUCUUCAUCGUCAACUAAGUGAAGAGCCAGUGCAGCAACUGAAGUUCAAAAACACUCUGUACUUAAACGAAUUUGCAACGUUCUGUUUUUUUUGUAUGUUUAGAAUGCUGAAAUGUUUUUGAAGCAAAAUAAACAGUAUUACAUUUUUAAAACUG